AUGGCUUUCACUGAGCUUGGAGUGUUCACCUACCGAGACGGUGUGGCAGUCAUCCAGCUCUUCUUUUUCACCGUCUACCUGGGAUGUGCCUUCAUCCUCUGCUCACGACAUGGAUGGAGCCGUGGCUCAGGGUGGCUGGUCCUGAUCACCUUCUCCUUGCUGCGGAUUCUCGCAGGAGCUUUCCAACUGGCGACCAUCAAUAGCCCGUCGAGGACAACGUAUGGAGGCGCCCUGAUCUGCCAGUCUAUCGGGCUAUCACCGUUGACGGUGCUCAACAUUGCACUCCUGACGAGGGUCAACCGCUUCGUGAUCCACGGCAUAUCCACAAGGAUCUUCUCUCUCAUCUCUCUCGCCUCCCUGACCGGCCUAAGCCUGGGUAUCUACGGCGGCACCAAAGCAGCCGAGUCGUCGAAUCACAUCACAUCCAACAGCAUUGUGCAGGCGGCGGUGUGCAUCUUUCUGGCGAUCUAUGUCUUCGCCAUCUGCCUGUGGGGCUACCUUCUCAGGCAGUGGAAGUACAUUCCGGCCGAGGAGAAUAAGCUGAUGGUGUGCUUCGCGGCGUGUGCGCCGUUUAUCUCGGUGCGACUGGUGUAUGGGCUUCUCGCUGACUUCAGCGGGUUGAAAGAGUUCAACCCAUUCGAGGGGGAUGUGACCAUCUUCCUGUGCAUGGCGGUGCUGAUGGAGAUCAUUGCCGUCGCAUUCUGUGUGUUCACGGGCUUGAGGCUGCGUAUGUUGCCAAAGGGUGGUAGUGGAGCGGUGUCGUCGGAGACGUCGAGUGACAGUGAGAGAGCGCUGCGCGGAGCCAGGACGCCGGGCAAGUUCUGA